CUUAACAUGGAUGCUUCAUCAGAUGUGACACCGCUGCAUCAACACAUCGAGCCAUUCGACCCUGACUCGAGCUCGUGGGCAGAGUGGGAGGAGCGCCUAGAGCUGUUCUUCGAUUACAGCGGCAUCACUGACGAGAAGCAGAAAAAAGUCACAUUUCUGGCGGCAUGCGGCAGAAAGGCAUACGCUUUUCUUCGCAGUUUGAUUGCACCUCGGAAGCCGAUGGACGUACCUCUUGCGGAGUUGCUUCUGGUUAUGCAAGGUCAGGAGGAUUCUGACCUUUCAGUCACCAUCAGCCGGCGCAAGUUCGGCUCGUGUGUCCGUCGCGCUGGCCAACAAGUCGCUGACUACGCUGCUGUUCUCCGCCAAAAUGCCAACGACUGCUGUUUUGGAGAUACCCUCGGGGACAGGCUGCUGGAACAGCUCAUCUUCGGAAUAGCAGAUGAUCAAAUGCAAAGAAGACUGUUGUCUGAGAAGAAUCUAAGUUUCAGCAGCGCCGUUGCCAUUUGCCGCACUAUGGAGGCGUCCAACUCAGAUGAUGAAGUGACGACCAGUGAUCAUACAUCCGAGAUCACAACUCGGCCAAACUCGGAGAGCACCAACUGGACGCGUAAUGAGAGCGAGAUGGGGCUGGAGAGCCUGUCAGCCGAGCUGGACGCCUUGAGGAAGGCGUGUGCCAACUACAGUAACGAAUUACUCCGAGUGAAGGCUGCAUAUGAGGAGUCUCAGCGGCAGCUCGCCUCCAUCCGCUGCGAGAACAAGGUCCUGUCCGGCAAGAACGAGGUAGGCUCGCCGACCCAUAGAUUGAUGUUGUCUGGUGUUCAAAAGCCUCAGGAUCUGGUGAAGGGUUCAUGCGAACGCCUGUCCUGAUUUUGAUAACUGUGAACUGCUGUAGCUGUGUGUCGGGCAGCUAUGAUCGGCGAUCACGAAAUGCCGUUGGAGGAAAUAUGCUGGUCUGCCGUUAUGCUGCCGUUCUCUGCUGUUAACUAUGACUUUCGCAAGUUCAACUUUGGCCCUAUUGACGACAACCAUCUUUAGCUAGAACAGCAGGAAACCGCAUAACCGCAGCAAUUAAAGCCAACGUCAAACGGAUGGCACAGGCUGAGCUGCAAUUAAAUAAUUUUAUCUAGCUGAUUUGCAUCGGGCUUCUUUGCUACCCUCUCAAUCUUCGUAUUUUAGUUUAAGGGUACUUCGCCUGCCUGCAUCAUGCCCGGUGUGUAUCGUACGCUGUACAAUCUAGCACGUGGAACCGAGCAGUCAUUCUUGCCAAUAACUGACCCGUGCUGAAGAUUGGGAGAGAUUAGAGAUUAAAAGAUAAGGCGCUUCAAGAGAUUAGAGCAGGACAUCAACGAGCUGGAGACCGCCCUCAACACCGCCAAUGCGUCGAU